AUGUCUUACUCCUGGGUCGGCGCACCUACUGUGUUCAAUGGCACGGAUCCGUUGGGUGGUGAUUCCACGAUGGUGUUGAUCAUGAUUCCUGGUCUUGGUUUCCUCUACUCUGGUCUGGCACGCAGAAAGUCGGCUCUUAGUAUGAUCUGGGCCUGUAUGGCAUCCUGCUCAAUUAUCACCUUCCAAUGGUACUUUUGGGGAUACUCUCUGGCUUUCUCUGGAAGUGCAACCAAUGGCUUCAUCGGCAACCUACAAAAAUUCGGUCUCAAGGAGACUCUCGGUGCACCUUCUCCUGGCUCCCCUCUUAUCCCUGAACUCCUCUAUGCUUUCUAUCAGAUGCAAUUCUGUGCCGUCACCGCCGCCAUCGUCGUUGGUGCUGUCGCCGAGCGCGGUCGCCUGAUUCCUUGCAUGGUCUUCAUCUUCUUCUGGGCUACUCUUGUCUACUGCCCUAUCGCUUGCUGGGUUUGGGGAGCAAACGGAUGGGCAUUCAAGUGGGGCGUUCUCGACUACGCUGGAGGUGGUCCCGUCGAGAUUGGCUCCGGUAUGUCCGCUCUUGCCUACUCGAUGAUCCUCGGAAGACGUCAGGAAAAGAUGAUGCUCAACUUCCGUCCCCACAAUGUCUCUCUCAUUACCCUUGGUACUGUCUUCCUCUGGUUCGGCUGGUUGGGCUUCAACGGUGGUUCGGCUUUCGGUGCAAACCUUCGUGCUACCAUGGCCUGCUGGAACUCCAACUUGACUGCCAUGUUCGCUGCCAUCGCUUGGGUUGUUCUCGAUUGGAGACUUGCUCGUAAGUGGUCUAUGGUUGGUUGGUGCUCUGGUACCAUCUCUGGCCUUGUCGCUGCGACUCCUGCUUCUGGUUUCAUCACUCCCUGGGCAUCCGUCAUUCUCGGUAUCACCACUGGUAUCGUAUGCAACUUUGCAACCAAGGUCAAGUUCUGGAUCCGCAUUGAUGAUGCUAUGGAUGUGUUCGCUGAGCACGGUGUUGCUGGCAUGGUCGGUCUCUUCUUCAACGGCAUCUUCGCUGCUUCCUACAUCAUUGGUCUCGACGGUGUCAACAACGGUAUCGACGGUGGAUGGAUUCAGCACAACUGGAAGCAGAUGUACAUGCAAAUUGCCUACAUCGCUGCCGUCACCGCCUACUCGUUCGUCAUCAGUGCCGCCAUCGCCUGGAUCAUCAACAAGAUCCCCGGCCUUCACCUUCGCGCUUCUGAGGAGGCUGAGCUUCUCGGUAUGGAUGACGACCAGCUCGGUGAAUUUGCUUACGACUACGUUGAGGUCCGUCGUGACUACCUCGCCUGGACUCCCGCUCGCGACAUGCCUGAGACUGCCGAGCACCAGAUUCCUCAAGGUGACCGACACGGUAUCCCUCAACAUUCGCAAAUGCUCGAGGGCAAGGCUCCUAGCGAAAGCGACAGCCAAGGAAAUGAGCACACCGGUAUCGGUGGUGACCGUCACGCCGUUGCUUACGAGAAGGCGGAACGCGAACAGCGCACCUUGGACGGUUAA